CAAUUGUAGUCAGCCUUUGAACGUUUCUGUCAGCGCCAUGCUGCGCUUCUUGCUUAGCCUAGCCUUCGUGGCAUGGUGUGGCUUGCAUGGCGUCGACGCAGUCAAGAAGAUAGAAGCACCUUGCACAGCUUGCAGAGCAGUAGCGGUAGGCGAUAGUCAAGAAGGGCACAGAUUGCUACACAAACAGAAUGUGAUGUCUACACUUGCGCAAUCCAUCACAACAGGCUGAGCUCCAACGCCGUAUUAACAACGAGCCGGUUCGCAAUCAUCUUGAUCUUCGACACCGCCUGGAUAAGCAUGGCCAGCGCUAUGGAAAAGUAAUUGCAUACAGGUCCAGCGAACUUCGCGCCGUGGAGCUGCUAGACCGGCUGUGUGAGACGAUGCGCGACUACUCGCUAGUCAGCCCCAAGGGCAAGCGCACCGUGUUCUGGCUCAAAGUGAAGGGCGAGGGUGCGCAGGGCGCCGACAACGUGACGCGGCCUGGCAAGGACGAGGAGGACGCUAAGAGCAAGCGCCUGGAGUCGUACUGCGGCUCGCUGCUGGAGGAGUACGAGGAGGAGGUGUAUGAGGGCGUCAUGAAGGGCGGCUUCGACUCGCUAGGUGUGGAGCCGGUCCUGUGUCGGCGCAUUAUCUCCCCCUGCCCGGCAGCGCCUGCCACCCCAUCAGCAGCGGAGGGGCAGGGCGGCGCGGG